CUCCUCCUCGCCCUGGUGCCUUUUGGGCCUCUAGAGGGCGGAGAAAGAGCGGGGGAAGGAGGAGCCGCGGCUGCCGCGCUUGCUGCCCUCAAAGACCGACAUGGUGCCGCUCUGGAUCCGGGCCGGGGGCCGGGCCUGGCGGCGGCACCACCACUGCUACCCCGAGGCUCGCGUUCUCGCUGCCCGGCCUCUCAGCGGCAGCCGCCGCCAGAAGAGCACCUUUGAUGUUGCUGUUGUUGGCGCUGGAAUUGUGGGGCUGGCGUUGGCCAGGGAGCUGAGCCUGCUGCAUCCAUCCCUCAUUUUUGGAGUGCUGGAAAAGGAGAAGGAGCUGGCCUUCCAUCAAAGUGGACACAACAGUGGUGUUAUUCACAGUGGCAUCUACUACAAACCAGGAUCGCUAAAAGCAAAGCUGUGUGUGGAGGGGGCUGCCCUCUGCUACGAAUACUGUGAGCAAAAGGGAAUCCUGUAUAAACAGUGUGGCAAGCUGAUUGUUGCAGCUGAACAGGAGGAAGUCCCAAGACUGAAGGCUCUGUAUGAGAGGGGGCUGCAGAACAACGUCCGGGGGCUGAAACUCAUCUCUUCCAAGGAAAUACAAGAAAGGGAGCCCUACUGCAGAGGUUUGAUGGCCCUGGACUCUCCGUACACGGGCAUUGUGAACUACAGACAGGUGGCCUUUGCCUAUGCUGAAGAUUUCCAGGCAGCUGGAGGGACCGUCUUGACUGACUUUGAGGUGGAGGGCAUGGAGAUGGCAAAAGAAAGUCCUGCUGGAAGUAAAGAAGGGAUGAAAUAUCCAAUUGUUGUUAGAAACUCAAAGGGGAAGGAAGUCCGGUGUCGGCACCUUGUCUCCUGUGCAGGGCUUUUUUCAGACCGCCUCUCUCGGAUCAGUGGUUGCAGCCUGGAGCCCCGUAUCGUGCCUUUCCGGGGUGAUUAUUUGGUGCUAAAGCCAGAGAAGUGCUAUUUGGUUAAAGGAAAUAUCUAUCCGGUACCUGAUCCUCGUUUCCCCUUUCUGGGCAUACAUUUCACCCCAAGGAUGGAUGGCAGUGUCUGGCUUGGGCCUAAUGCUGUGCUUGCCUUCAAACGAGAGGGCUACAGAUUUUUUGACUUCAGCGUCCAAGAUUUUAUAGAUGCAACUGCUUACAGUGGGCUGUGGAAGCUGGUGUUGAGGAACUUCUCGUACGGAAUUGGAGAAAUGUACAGAGCGUGUUUCCUUAGUGCUCAAGUGAAGCAGCUGCAGAAAUUUAUACCCGAAGUUACCGUCAAUGAUGUACUCAGAGGUCCAGCGGGAGUCAGAGCUCAGGCCUUGGACAAGGACGGGAACUUGAUUGAUGAUUUUGUGUUUGAUGGAGGCACUGGAGACAUUGGCAGCCGGAUUCUCCAUGUCAGAAAUGCUCCUUCACCUGCUGCUACCUCCUCUCUUGCCAUUGCAAAAAUGAUUGCCAGCGAAGUGGAGCAGAGAUUUGAACUGUGAUUGGGCCCAUUUGAUCUCUUUGUGGUCAUACACUGUGUGAUUGAAGGGUGGCAAUCAAGGAAAUGACAGGGAAGUUGCUUGUUUGGGGAGAGACAAUAAAAAAAUGGGCUGCCAACUAGUUUGCCUUGCAGAAGCCUCAAACUUCUCAGAAUUAACGCCACGGAAGGUGAAGCGUAACGCAAGUGGCAGGGAAGAUUCUAACUCAGGACUGAGCAGUUAGAACAGCAGAUGUGCCUACUCCUUCUCCUCGGAAGUUUUGAAACUACCAGGGGAUGCUGGAGCUCCGUCCUUCCCUCCCUCCCAAAAUCACCUGAAGAACACAGAGCAGGAAGACAGCCAGCUUUCCACAAAAAAGGGAUUGUCUCUCCGGUACACAGUAAACCCAACUCUGUCUCAUGCUGUUUUCUGCCUAUCCAUGCCAGGCCACACUGCAGACUGCAGCAACUGCAAGAACAUAUAGGUUGUGCCAUUACUGAAAGCCAUGCUGUGAGCCCACAGGAAUGGAAAACUGUUUAUCAAAGUACCAAAUUUGUUUCCCGCUUUCCACCUUAGCACAUAAAUGCUGAACAUAGGAAGUUGGUGUCUGGAAGCAAACUGCAAGCAUGUUCCAGAGGGAAACACUCAUGGUCAAGUCCCAUAGAAUCAUAAAAUAGUAGGGUUGGAAGGGGCUUAUAAGGCCAUCAAGUCCAACCCCCUGCUGUCACUGAAUGGGUGAGAAUUGUGCAGGAUAAUAAUGGAUUGUACCUUACGUAUUGGAAGCAGAGAAUGGCUUGCCCUAGCAAGAAGUGUUUUCUCUCUCGAGGGUUUUUUGUUUUGUCUUGGUGGACAAUCAGACCAUUCUGAAGAUUGCAGGCUGUGUGUGAGAUUUUCUGAUUAGGUCUGCAUAUGCACACAGUCUUCCUUUUCUCAAUAGUCCAGACAUGCAAAGAUAGAAAAAAGUAAGUUGUAUCUAAAUAAAUGCAAGCUGUUUGUAUAAAACAAAUAUAAUGGAAGUGAAUGAUUGGAAGGAGAUUGGCUGUGAUCAGAAGCUACAUUGUUAGAAUGUGAAUUCAUACUAAAGUUGUAUAUUAGACUGGCCAAUAAAGUUAUAUAAAAUUCUGU